AUGACUAAAAGAUCAACCACUGUGAUGAUGCGAAUUGCGAUCGCAGGCGCCGGCGGCUUUGCUGCCCUCCUGACUCAAGAGCUGUCACAAAGUGCCAACCCCGUGAUUGUCCUCUCGACCAAAGCACAUCCCGACUUCGAAACCAACUACAACUGUCAAGUUGCUGUUGUCGACUACCACAACAUUGAGAACCUACAGUUUAUCCUUCAGGGGGUAGACCUUGUGCUAUCCACGAUAUCCGGCGCCGAGCAACUGAACCUCAUCGACGCUGCCAGACGAGCUCGAGUACGCUGCUUCGUCCCUUCAGAAUUUGAAGGUUCCUUGAGCCACCGGCCUACUUCCCACGACCCUUUCGAUAACGAUUCGUCGACGGCACUGGAGCAGCUUCGACAUUGGUCCUCUUCAAGACACUUUCCGAUGAAGUCGACCGUCUUCUCCUGCGGUAUCUUCUACGAACGAUUUGCCCCUGGCGGUCUCCAGGCAUAUAAUAUGGGCAUCACCUGUCGCCUCCCCCAUCAGGGGGACUACAUGAUCAACGUCGGCCUUGGUACCGCAGAAAUACCAGCAACCAACGUCCAAGGUCGCCAAAUCCAAGUUGUAAUGACAUCAGCUGUCGACGUGGCGCGGUUCGUCGCCGCUGCCGUCGACCUUGGCAUUGAUACUUGGCCACACGAGUUCAAGAUGCGCGGCGCCCGAGUAACACCACAGAGGAUCCAGCAAUUAUGCAGUGAAGUCAGACAGGUUGAGUUCGCUGUCAUCACUAGACCCUACCCUGAGCUUCUCUCCUGGCUUCAGUACUACGAACAAAACCACGACGAAGCCAGGUGGUACUCCAUGCAGCAUAUGAUCCAAACCGCAAACGGACGCUUCAGUUUCUCGGACGCAAACUUGUUGAAUGACCUCGUAGACGUCGAACCUAUGGGUUUCAGGCAGUGGCUGUACAACAACUGGGGCCCGGCACAGUAG